UCUUAUGCAUUAUUUCCUUGUGUUAUUUUUUUUUAGCAAACACGGUCGCUAAGUUUAUGCAACGUGUGCAAAUAAUUGAGGAAAUUACCGUCAGGACAUGGGCUACUUACAAGUAUUUACUAAUGCUAUUGUUGUAGCAUUGAUGGCUAUGUACGUGUAUGAAAAUCAAAGAAGAACUGGGGAUGUGUUAGCCAGACUUGACCGAAUAGAAAAAGAGCUUGGCAUAGAUAUAUUUUCUGAAAGUAAAGAAAGAAAAAAGAUACACAUGAUAUAUGACCUAAUUGAAGACAUGCAGAAAUUAAUGUCAACAAGAGCAGGGAAAGAGGAACUUAAUAAAGUACAAAAUCAACAAAAAGCAGACAUAAGAAAACUUGUUGAAAUAGAAGAUUAUCAAAUCGCAGGGACAAGAAAAUUAGCUGAUAUAGAAAAUCAACAAAUCAAGAACAACGACAAAGGAGUGACAUACAUCAGAUGGGGUAAGACACAAUGCGAUGGACUCAACACUGAAACAAUAUAUUCAGGCCAAGUAGGCGGAGGACACUAUACGCACUCAGGGGCAAGUGUGAACUAUAUAUGUUUACCUAAUCACCCGGACGUGGCACAGCCUCUGAAAUCACAUGAUUACUACGGUUAUCUGUAUGGAUCAGAAUACGAAGUAUAUGACUUUAACAAACCACAAGGAAUCAGGUCUGGUAUUGCGCAACAUGACGUCGCUUGUGCAGCAUGCCUAGCUAAAGGAAAAAUAUCAUCAAUCAUGAUACCAGGAAGGAAAACUUGUUACAAUGGAUGGACAAAAGAAUACGAAGGAAUUUUAAUGGCAGGAUACCAUAGCCAUGCUGCUGCAUCAGAAUUUGCCUGUGUAGAUAGAGACACUGAAGCUAUGGCAGGUGGAUCAAACAACGAAAAUGGAAAAUUAUUUUAUCCUGUAAAAACAGUGUGCGGGUCACUAAAAUGUCCGCCAUAUGCAGCGGACACAGAAGUUUUGUGUGUUGUUUGCUCAAAAUAACAAUGGCAAUAUAGUGUAUUGGUUCUGUUGUUGGUCAAAGUUGUUACCAAAUCAAAUCAUUAAAUAUUGCGAGACCGACUAUGACAAAAUUGAUCAAUCAAUUCACUUUGAAAAGAUUUCAAAAGAAGGCACUAACUUGGGAUGACCGUGCAUGCAGUUACUGUCGACAGCUUUACCCCAGUGAUAGUCCUGUAUGUUCUGAAACUAAGAUUAUUCCCUGAUUUGACACUGUUAAAGAUCUCCUUAUCAUUAAAAGCAUAUUGAGAUUCUUCCCAACAAUUGUAAUUGUAUAUCAAGUGUUUUAUUUCACAAAACCUAACUACAUAAUUCCUAAUCAUUAAAUGAUAUUAUAUUAUGCAUCGAC